AAAUUUUGCAAAUCAAACAACUCAACCCAUGCCUUGUCUCAGAGUAGAAGGAUAAUCAUGGGGCACUACUGUCAACAUGAGCUUCGGGUAAAAUACCACUAGCAGAGCUCUGGAGACGGACGGCUGUAGCGGUGGAAUGGUCGCACUACUCUGCAAGCUCCGUUUUUCGUACCAAUUACAGUAUGUAUGGUCCACAGCCCAUUUUCUUUCUCCCUGAACAGAUAGUCCCUCCGUUCGGGGCACUAACUUAGAACGAUGCUAAUGUUAUUUAAGUUAUGCAAAAACCAAGGUCUGGGGACGCAUUUAAUUGGCAUCUGCUCUCUUCUUGGCCUGAUUUUGGAUUGUUUCCCUUUUUCGUCUCACCGUUAGCCCCGUGGGCUACGCAAUCCUCGCUGGCCCGAGCAGGGUUAUCCUGGAGCUGCCGCUUGUCACCCUGGACCGCCAGCCCUGGUAACCUGGCUCGAAUGCCGCUUUUAACUUCCCGAGCUUCCAUGCGGCACAGGUACGCUCGGGAUAUGCUGACCAACGAAAACGCUCUACCAUCUAGCAUCUUGGUAUCUAUCCAAGAGAGGGAAGGGGAAAGAGAAAGCGAGCUGCUUCGAUACCUGGGUGGAUACACUGGAGAUUUCCGAACUGCUCGUGCUCCGGAGUAAGAAGCGGCCAAUGAGGCCGAGUGAAUUGCUGGUGGCACCUGUGCGAGGACCACUACUUGUGGUGAUGAAGAGAGGUGACACUGGACUCGUGCGUGUAGAAACAACGCUUUUUGGUGAGAAUGGGCUAGAGGCAACGCUACACGACGCAAGGAUCGUGACCAAAUCGAAGGAGAUGCGUCAGCACCGUCCCAACGCGCGCUGUCCUCAGCAGAAGUGCUGGCUUUGUGUUUAGCUCUUCCUGGAACAUGGUGUUGUGGUUAGGCCAAUGCUUGGCUCGAGCCUGGGCAAAAUAAAGGCUACAUACACCCUUGCUGAGGGGGGACCUCCUUCGGUACGGAC